CUUUGCAAUUGACGCCGGAAACCCAUCGCCUCUAACCUCGUCGACCAUCUCCGUCGCUUUUCCUAACGCUGCCGCUUGUCCGCAACCAUAUCGAGACGGAUCCGACCACCUUUCGCCCGAAAUGUCCGCCCCAGGCGGGGCCCCGAGCCCUGCUCCCCGCAGUGGGAGUAUGGGACCAGGUGCAAAUGGCACUGGCAUGUCCAUGGCUACGCAGCAGCCUUUGUCUGGCACACCGGUUCAUCAGCCUUCCACGCCGGGACCAACUGGACCGUCUGCUCCACCCAGCGGUGCCAUGUCGCAACAGAACUUGAAUCAAAUUGUCAUAGAUUACCUGGCCAAGAAGGGUUACAGCCGUACCGAAGCCAUGUUGCGAAUGGAGUCUGCCAACCAGGAGAUCGAUGGACGUCCCCUUCCCCAGCUGGGAGAGGACUCUCGCCCCAAGACCCGGCAAGGAUUCGACUUGCUGAAGAACUGGGUUGAGGAAAAUCUCGAUCUGUACAAGCCUGAGCUGCGUCGUGUUUUGUGGCCACUGUUCGUCUACUCGUUCUUUAACAUGGUGACAUCCUUCUACCCCCAAGAUGCCAAGAGCUUUUUCGAGGCCAACAAGAACAUGUUUCUGCCUGAGCAUACGGAUGAUAUCCGUCACUUCGAGCCUAUCAGCUUGCCAGAGCACUUGCAGGACAACAGUGUCGCCAAACUCUACCGCAACAACAAGUACCGCGUUGUUCUGAGCAACCCCGCAUACACAAACCUACUCCAAUUCCUGGAGAGCAAGGACAAGGAGGGCGGCUCUGUGAUGAAUGCAAUCCUCAGCAGCUUCUGCUCUGUGAAGACCAUGGACCGUGCCUCCGAUGACCGAUUCAGCUUUGCCUCUAUGUUGAACCAGAUGGCGCCCGGACAGAGCUCACCUGCCGAGGAUGAAGGUAUCCCUGGUCACCACCCUGGCUCCGCUUACACCGGUGACAACCCUGCCAUGGCUGGAACACUUCCACGUCUGAGGCUCGGAAAGCUUCCAAUGGAGCAGACUCUGGAGGAGGAUGUACGCGCUGAGCUUGCAGAGGUGGAUGCGAAAGCGCCUCCCGUCGCUGGCCGCAACACUCUUUCCCAGGAGUUCGAACAAAUGAUUAAGAAGGAAGACGAGGAUGAGGCUCCUUCUCGCGCUGAUAUCCCAUUCCCGCCUUCGAAUGCCCGUGACGUUGAACUUGAGGUCAGAAGGGUUAUGGAGCACCGUGAUCGGUUCGAGAUCAAGGGUCGCACGGGUGGUGUUGGCCCUGGCGUCAGUGUUUGCAUGUUCACUUUCCAUAAUACCUUGGAUAACAUCAAUUGCAUGGACUUCUCCGAUGACAACCUGCUCGUCGCUUGCGGUUUCGCCCAAUCCUACAUUCGUGUCUGGAGCCUUGAUGGAAAGAACAUUCAGGGUGCCCUCCCAGAAAUUGACGACUUGGCGCCCGCCAACUCUCGCCGUCUGAUCGGCCACUCGGGUCCUGUCUACGCAGUCGCUUUUCCCCCCUGUGCCCCUGCUCGUGAGGAUCAACAGGAAGGAGAGAGUGUUCCCACCAAUGCUCGUUGGUUGCUUUCCUCGUCUGCCGACAAGACCGUUCGCCUCUGGUCUUUGGACGCUUGGCAAUGCAUGGUUGUUUACAAGGGCCACGACCGCCCUAUUUGGGAUCUCCGCUGGGGACCUUUCGGACAAUACUUUGUGACCGGUGGAUCGGACCGUACCGCCCGCUUGUGGGUGACCGACCACAUUCGUCAACAGCGUAUCUUUGUCGGCCAUGAUCAGGACGUGGACUGCGUCUGUUUCCACCCUAACUCGGCUUAUGUUUUCACCGCCAGUUCCGACCACACUGUUCGCAUGUGGGCCGUCACCACUGGUAAUGCUGUUCGUAUGUUCACUGGCCACGCUGGCAAUGUUACCUCCAUGGAGUGCAGCCGUGAUGGCAAGCUCUUGGCCACGGCCGAUGACCAGGGCACUAUCAUUCUGUGGGAUCUGGCACCUGGUCGACUUCUGAAGCGCAUGCGUGGCCAUGGUAAGGGUGGCAUCUGGUCUCUCAGCUGGAGUGUGGAGUCCACCGUGCUUGUCUCAGGUGGAGCUGAUGGCACCGUUCGUGUCUGGGAUGUUGCAGAUUCUCAGGAAAGUACCCAGGGUCGCGUCAUCGGUGAAGGUGGUGCUGGUUCCAAGCUCGAUGCUGGUCCUACUUCCACCACUCAGAGCAAGAAGAAAAAGGGCAAGGAUGUUGUCGUCACUGCUGAUCAGAUCAGCGCUUUUCCAACCAAGAAGAGUCCUGUUUACAAGGUCAAGUUCACGAACAUGAACUUGGUCAUUGCGGGUGGUGCCUAUCUUCCCAUUUAGAUGGCAUUUUCGUCUGUGUUUCUUGACGACCUUUCCUUUUUUUUGCCAUUUCCUCAGACAACACAAUACCCCAUUUCACUACAUUCAAACAAUUUGUUUUACUAAGCUUGUCUUUUCAACUCGCUCAUCGUCAGCGGGAUCCUGGUGGCGUUAGGAAUCUCAAACUUCAUCUAUGGUGUUUUCCGGUGGAGUGGCAUAGGUCUUUCAGGUGCUUGUGCUUAGUAUCCAAGUCCUGUGUUUUUUUUUUCUAUUUUAUGUUUUCGCAGUCGGCGAGACGUGUGCUCCUGUUUUUACCGGUGAACCAUUGAUAACAUCUCCUGGGUGUGAUUCUGAUGGACGGAGCCGGUAUUUAAUCUUAUUUGCUAGCAGUGGCCAGCUCUUCUCUGUCAGAUGGACCAUCCAUCACGCCUACUAUAUGUAGUUUUAAAUGGACCGGACCCGGCAGAAGGGUGCUCAGUUUAUUCUUAUCUGUUAAUAGUGGACAGUUUUUUCAUUUCGGGUGCAUCUACCAUCGAUCCUUGCUUGUGGCUCGGACGAAGCGGAACCCCGAAAAACUUGUAUAUCGGCAAG